UAUUGCUAUUGUGGUUUAUAUUAUAGACGAUUGAGAAUGUUUUAGUGAAGACAUAAAAAGUCGAAAUGCUUGGGAUAUAAAGUAGUAAAAAACAUUUUGUCACUGCUUCUAAUACGGGUAAGACAUUACAUUGUUCGCCUCAUUCAUUGACGGAUUCAUUGAGGCUCAGAGACUGAGAUUUUUUUGGUAAUAAGUUCACGGUCACAAUGCCUUCUUAUUGAUUUGUUUAUAAUAUUGUGUUUAUCCCGCUAAUUUUAGUGUUUAAAGGUUUUCAGUUGUUACCUUUAAAUGGUAAAAAAUAUUUCGUAUGCAUUUAAGCCUCGCUUUUUCCUUCCGUUUUUUCGUCAACUCCAAUCAAUGAGCAAAAUUGUACUUUUUAAAUACAUUUUUUCUCAGUGAUGUAUCGGUCCCGGUGGUAUUUCAUCGAAUGGUAUUUUAAUACCAAAAUCCGGUACAUAUUUUCUACUAUCGGGUAUCGGUUCUGACAAUUUUCCUCAUUCAUUGCUCAUUGCACUCGUCAUAGGUUGUCUUGCUCGCACUUACGUAAAAACGGAUGUUUUAUUUGUUGUAACCCUUCUUAAUUUUGAUGAGUACUUAGGGACUGGCCAGACACCAAGUAAUAAUUUUUUGUCUUGACUUUUGACCGGCAUUUGUUAAUACAUAUGUACACAUAAAAAGUAAUCUUUUGUUGAAAAAAUCCAGAGAGCCAAUUAAACUUAAACGGAUGUUAUAUUUGCUCUCAUUAUAUUUAUUUUUGAUGAGUCACAAAUUUACCGAGAGACUGGACUCAUAAGACGUUAUCAGCUUUUUUAAUCCAGUUCAAUUCUGCUAUUUCUAUUAGGUACACAUGUACAUAUAUGCUUGUGGGCUUAUUUUGGUGAUCAGAAAUAUUAGAGUCUUCGUUGUUUCGUCAACAAACACCUCGAUUCAGUACGUUCCCAAGCUUAGACUCCGUCGGUAAUAUUAAAUCGAAAUGCUGAGGCUGCCACAAUUUUUUUUCUGUACUGUCCUUGCUUUACAAGGAUCGCUUGAAGACUCUUGCCAGAGCGCACUAAAUCCGCUCUUGCACGAAACUUAUAAUAUCCGAAGCAGGUUGGAUGGCAUCGAAGCAGGACAGAAGGUCCUGGAUCUGGAUCUCAAGAAAGGACUUUGGGGGGUACAUAAAAAGCUAGAUUCGUGUAUGAUCCAGGAGCAAAAUGAUUACGGAGCGAUAUUAGCCGGAAUCGAAAACCACCUUAAAGCGCUCAAUACAGCAGUCAAUGCCAAAGAUAAACUCCAGUGCCAAAAUACUAUGAAAGAGACUAUUGCAAGCUUGCAGACUCAAAUCAAAACCCGAGAAGAUCUUAUCAAUGCGCAACAAAAACAAAUCAAUGCAGGCUUCAAAAAUAGAGAUGAUCAAAUCGCGGACCUGAAGAAUCUGAUUAAUUCGAUUGAAACAACUAAACUUAACCAAUCCAAUGAGCUCUCGAAAUGCCGAUCAAAACUCGAUGAGAUGGAACCAUUUCGAGUGUCAUGUUCGUCGUCUCCACCUGGCUGGACCGUAAUUCAGAGACGGAUCGACGGAUCCGAGAACUUCGAUCGAAACUGGGCCGAUUACAAAAAAGGAUUUGGAAACGUUAAGGGAGAAUUUUUCAUUGGCCUGGAAAAGUUGCACCAAUUGACUGAGGCACGACCCCACGAACUCUACAUUAAGCUUGGGAAGGUUAAUGGGUCCACCAGCUAUGCUCACUAUGACGGCUUUAGCAUUGGCAGUGAGGACGAAUUGUAUGAGCUGAAGAGUCUUGGGAAAUAUUCCGGCGAAGCCGGAGACUCCCUUUUUCGCAAUAAGAACAAAAAGUUCACUACAUUUGAUCGGGAUAGUGACGAAUAUAACGAUGGAAAUUGCGCUGAAGACGAAAACGGUGGUUGGUGGUAUGGCGGUUGUGGUUUUAGUUUCCUCAGUGGAAAAUACUAUAAAGAUGGCCAAAUAACAAAUGAGAACAGAAUGAACGGAAUAUACUGGGGCUCAUGGCAGAACAACUACUGGACAAUAUCACUCACCUACGUUGAAAUGAUGAUUAGACCAAAGUCCUCAUGAACCGCAGUUGGA